CUCCAACCCCCCCCCCUCCUCUCUAUGUCUCUAUUUUCUUUACUUUUUUUUUUUCUUUUCACUUGCUUUUGUUGGUUGCGGGUUUCCAUCAGUUCCUUAGAGAUCUGAAACCUAGUCUGAUCUCUCCUUUUUCUUUCUCCAUUUUUCCCCUUUCUUGAUUGCGGUGGAAGUUAAGGUGUAGUUAGGGUUCCGGUAUCUUGGCUCAUCUGGCUUUCUCACUUUUCCUUGUGAUUUGAGCUGUUUUUCUACAUACUGUGGGUGUUUUGGUCUCAAAAGCUUGGAUUAUGCCUAUCGAUAGUUGUUUUGGUCUUCUUUAUCCUAACAAGUAAUUGUUUUUUGGGGUUCUGGCAGGAUUUGUUUCGAGAUAUAACAAUUUAGGAUCUUGAGUUUCUGCUGAUGGGGAGGUCUCCUGGAAGAUGGAUCAAGACGGUGCUUUUUGGCAAGAAAUCAUCCAGAUCUCAUGCAUCGAAAGGAAGGGAUGCUUUGAAGAAAGCUGUAAAUGAUAAAGAGAAUAUUGGUGGAAAAGGACCAUCUGCUCAGGUUGUGAAUUCGCCAGUGAUAUCUCAAUCAGUACUUGUAAAUGCCAAAGCUAAUGAUAUCAUCUCAGAACCAGAAAAGGGGACACCUGAUCGUAUGGUUGUUGGAGCAGUUCCAUCAUCCAUGGUUCAAGAUGCAGAUGAUCAAGGAACGAUGGGUCCUGACGUAUCAAAGGACUCUGAAAAAGUUCAGGAAGAGCAGGCUGCUACCAAGGUGCAAGCAGCCUUCAGGGGUUAUCUGUCUCGCAGGGCAUUUCAUGCACUUAAGGGCAUCAUAAGGCUGCAGGCAUUAGUUCGCGGGCACUUGGUGAGGAGACAAGCAGUUGUAACUCUACGUUCUUUGCAGGGAAUCGUUAGGUUACAAGCAUUGAUUCGUGGGCGGCGAGUCAGGCUUUCCGGUAUUGGCCUUGAAGUCAAUACAAAAUGCUAUCAGGGAAAGAAUGUGGAUGCUAAACAGUUGAAAACUUGGAAUGAGAAACUGUCAAUUAAUGCUUUUGUUCGUAAGCUUCUUUCUACGUCGCCUGUUACAAAACCUAUGCAAAUCAAGUAUGGUGAUGGGGAACCCAAUUCAGUCUUGAUUUGGAUGGAGCGCUGGACGUCCUAUCGGAUUUGGAAACCGCUCCCUCAACCAAAGAAGGCUGUUGAUUUGAAAACUCAGGCAAGAAGGGGUGUUAGUGCUAUGGAAAGUGAAUCAGGCAGAUCUAAACGUAGACUCCAUAGGAAUUCAGCUGGAAAUGCUGACUCUGGGCCAGCAAAUGUCACCACUGAAUCUGGAAAAUCCAAACGCAACCUGAGGAAAGUACCUAUCUCCCCUGCUGAUUCUGCACAGGAAAGCCCACAAACUGAGCUUGAAAAGGCCAAGCGUAAUUUAAGGAAGGUAUCUAAUUUGACAACAGAAGCCUCUAACAGGGUGGAUAUUGAAAAUGAGAUACCACCUCGCAGUUUGAAGGUGUCAAGUUCCCCUUCUGAUGUUAUGCAACAGAGCAUUGAGGAUUCUGCAGACAAGGUGGAGACAGAUACUGCAGUGACUAUUGAGAAUAAACCUGAUGUGGAAACUGCACGACUGGUGGCAUCAGAUGGACCUAUGAAUACAUUACCAGAUGAUUGCCCCACUCUUGAAUUGAACCCAUCGCAAAAUAUCUGUAAAGAAGAUAAUCUUUCUGCGGUUUAUGGGGAUUUGAGCAUGAAGGAUGAACAGCUAUGCGAUGGAAGCCAGAAAAGCAGCAAGAGGAGGGCUUCUUUCUCAUCCAAAUCCGAACAUCAUGCAGAGAAUGGUUUGCAGAAUUCACCAAAAUUACCGAGCUAUAUGCAAACGACUGAAUCUGCCAAGGCAAAACUACGGGGACAAGUUUCACCAAGGUUUGGGUCAGAUUCGGCUGAGAAAAAUAGCGCCACACGUCGCCAUUCUUUGCCAUCUUCCAUGAAUGGAAAGCAGAGCUCACAAUCACCACGGACACAGAAACUGAUUCAAGCAAGUGGCAAGGGGGUGUUCAGAAAUGACAGAUCUCUGACAUCAUCUGGAGAUGGGAAGGCAAUCCAGGUAGAUUGGAGGAGGUGAUGACAAGUGGGUUCCAGUUCUUACAAUAGCAAAAUAUUGUGGUUUAUCUGCAGUUUUCCCCUGUUCAUUGCUUGUUUGUGAUGUAGGGUUGUCCUGUAAUCCGUAAUAACUUAUUAUUAACUGGGGUUUGGUGUGCUUAAUUCUGUGUUCUUCACAAGCUUCAGCUUACAGAACGUUGUUUUGCACAGAAAAAAAUGCCUUUUGGAUUUGCCUUGUUGGUCAUUUUGGUAGACUGCUUUGAAUUUUCUAAAUGUCGAACAACUGUGGGACCACUUAUUAAAUUCAGAAUCAUCCCAGUACUUUUUCCUACA